AUUCCAGAUUAGAAAUUAAAAAGUUCCUUUUAUUUACAAACAAGAAGUUCAAAGUGUUUUUAGUAUUUUCGUAAUUUAACUGCAUUUAACUAUUAGAAAUGGAUAUAAAAACGUUCUCGGAUAACGAUUUUGACCCAAAGAAAUGGAUUAAUAAAGCAUGGAGCACAAGCGAGAAUCAUGAAAAAGAGAUCUUUGUGGCUAACACUGUGGCCAGAUUACAACUGUAUAUGAAGCAGCUCAGCAACUCUCUGGACGAGACUACUUCCCAGAUAGUAUCGUCAGUGCCUCGCAUCCUGCAAGAUGCGGCAACUCUUCAGUUGGAAGGCGCGAUGUUACAGCAGAAGCUCGUGACCUUGGAACAGCAAGUCCAGGGUGUGGAGGAGCAGACCGGCCACUCGAUACAGAGCUUGCAGAGAAUAGAUCAGCUCAAGAGUAGCUUGGAGAACGCGGCCUCAGCUCUCCGCGAAGCCGACAAAUGGGUGGCGCUAGCGACUUCCUUGGAGGAAAUCCUGGAGUCCGGAGUCCCCACCCAGAAGGACAAGCUAGCUGAGCUGGCGAAACAAGUCGCUGCAAUGACAGCUAGCUUAGAGGUAUUGAGCGAUUCAACCGACUACGAAACAAAGAGGGUGCAGCUGGAAACGUUGUUCAACAGACUGGAGGCGGCCAUCACCCCGCCUUUCGUGGAGGCGCUGACUCUUAUGGAUGCCGAUCGCACCCGCGCCUACGUGGGCGUGUUCCGCGGUAUGUCGCGGUCGGUGUCCGCCUGCCGCUGUUGGCGACGCGCGGCGGCCUCCGUCCACGCCCACAGCUGGGCGCGUGCCCACCACCAAGAGCUCCGCCCGCUCACCACCAUGCUAGCUGAGGAUGCUGAGAAACAGGUGGAUUGGCUUAUAUCGGUUCUGAAGUCAGACACCCCACUCGGAGAGCUACUUAGACUGUACACUGACUUGCUGCUGUCUUUGGACCCCUCACCCACUAAGAUAGUAACGGCAAACUUCAAGCUAUGCCAAACCCCGGAUGAAGGCAUCGCACUACUGAUCGACCUAAAGACGGACAUAGACGGUUUUAUUAAUUGUAUUAGAAACGUUAUAGACGCACCGAGAUCAAACAAAGAGGAGCUUGUUCCCGCGACUUUGCGCGAACUGGGUCGCGCCGCGUACGCGCCUCUGAGGGAGCUGAUGCCAAAAUACACGGACAUACAGACAACGCUGUUCCUAUCCCACUUGGACGAUCCGAUGCUUAAACAGGAGGAUCUUCUGGAAUAUUCCAGAGCUGUUCUCUCCAUGGCGGAGAGAAGCGAGGGUUGGUUCCACACGGCCUACAAUAGGGGCAAGAGUAUUGCUGGUCAAGCGACGUAUCCUUUCUACGCGCCGGCAGUUGAGGCGUUCACAUCAGCUCUCCUGAACCUGAUAACCUCCCACACACGCCACAUUGAGAGCUCGUUCCUAUCAUCGGUCAAUGCUGGGGAGAACGCUGGCGUCCUCAGCGAGACCUUCCCUGCCUCGCUGUUGCUGGAGAGCGCCGUCACACAGCUGCUUGGCGUGCUCGCUGACAGACAGCGGGUAGAGGAGACGGACGAAGAGCCCAAACCUCAGCACCCACUUUUGGAUCUACCAACCUUCAUACUAGACGCAGACGCUCGGGACACCCCUAGGGCUCCGCCCCCCAGCGUAGCAGGGCUUCGACGUGCGAAGGACGUACUGAGGAACCUCGCGAGAUCAAUAUUGAGGAAUCCCAUCGAUAUUCAGUUGGAUAAAAUCCCUCAGUUAUCCGUUUGGCAUAACAACGACGCUUUGUCAACCGAUCUGCCAGACUUUGCGCUCUCCCCGCAGGAAUACAUAACUGAGAUCGGCCAGUAUCUGAUGACCUUGCCUCAACAUUUGGAAAUGCAUUUGUCUGAGAAGCAAGCACCUUGGCAGUUCCUCACCGAGCUGUGCACGCACACGUGCGAGGUGUACGCGGAGAAGAUCCUAAACAUACGCAACAUGGACGCUCUCGGCACCAAACGCUGCCUCACCGAUAUGACGUAUUUAUCCAGCGUAGUGGAUGACCUUGGAGGCAGCGUUACGCCCGCCCUGAAGAGCUUGGAGAAGUCACUGCGAGCGACCACGCCCGCGCAAGCAGAGUGAAAACAGUCAAAAUAUAACUAUGAUUAAUAUAUAGAAAAUAUGUUAUGUCAAAGAUAUUUAUUUAAAUAAAGAAAUUAAACGAG